GCCGCCGCCCGGCCCCGCGCCCGCCGCCGCGCCAUGCCCCGGGGCUGCUGAGGGAUCACCAGGAGCACCGGCAUGCAGAGCAUCAAGUGCGUGGUGGUGGGUGACGGGGCGGUGGGCAAGACCUGCCUGCUCAUCUGCUACACCACCAACGCCUUCCCCAAGGAGUACAUCCCCACCGUGUUCGACAACUACAGCGCCCAGAACACGGUGGACGGCAGGACUAUAAACUUAAACCUGUGGGACACGGCCGGCCAGGAGGAGUACGACCGCCUGCGGACGCUUUCCUACCCCCAGACCAACGUCUUCAUCAUCUGCUUCUCCAUCGCCAGCCCGCCCUCCUACGAGAACGUCAAGCACAAGUGGUACCCCGAGGUGUGCCACCACUGCCCCAGCGUGCCCAUCCUCCUCGUGGGCACCAAGAAGGAUCUGAGGAACAACCCCGAGACCAUGAAGCGGCUCAAGGAGCAGAACCAGGCGCCCAUCACCACCCAGCAGGGCAUCAGCCUCUCCAAGCAGAUCCGCGCCGUCAAGUACCUGGAGUGCUCGGCGCUCAACCAGGAGGGCAUCAAGGAUGUGUUCACCGAGGCCGUGCGGGCCGUGCUCAACCCCGCGCCGGCCAAGCCCAAGCGGCCGUGCGUGCUCUUGUGACCGGGCUGCCGAGGGACGAUGCUGCCCUGCCCCGUGCCCC